AUGGAGACCGUGAAAUUGGAAGGUGAAAAGGAAAUUAAAAAAACUUGUAUUAAUUUAUUAUGGAAAGUUUUCGUAAACAGUAAUAACAUUUAUAUGGUAAAUGUUGGAAGAAUUAUCUCAGUGCAUUAACCCUUUUGCUGGCAGGUUCCUGGGGACUCCUUGUUUUUCUAUGCCGUAAGUCGACAAAUCAGGCCACAGCUCAUCACACUUUAGUUUAACCACAAUAAACUAUCUAUCAUUUUAAUAAGCAGAAAAUUUACAAUCAUUUUAAGACUAUUUUGUUACAUAUGGGUCCUUGUGCACAGAAUUUGGGGCAAGAAAAGCCAAGCAUAACAAAAUGUUCAAAGUGUUACUUGUUUUUCCUGCCCUUCUAAGACAAGACAAUUACAUACUUGUGAGCAUUUCUUGAUAUCAUGCAAAAACCAUAUUUAAAAGGAUAGUAUUGCAUUUGUGAUUUUUUUUUUUGGCAAAAAACAGGUCACAUUUGGAUGAAAACAGUGAGAAAUACGACUACGAAUUAAGAAAUGUGACUUGACAAACCAUAAUAAUCUUUAUGAAAUCAAAACAAUUCAUUGUAAACAACCUGCAUUUUAUCAUGUAUUUCACUCACAGAGGGCACAGUCCAGAUAGGCAACAACCAAUCAAGGAGCCCUCUUUGCAUUAUUAUCCUUUUCCCUUGUUAAUGUUUCUUCAGUAAAUCAAGAUUGCAAUAUAUAUUUGGUUAGGGUUUAUUGGAGAUACAAUAGAGCUUCAGUGUGCCUUUUGUAGUAAAAAUUAGGUAAAAAUUCUAUUUUUGGGACAACUAAUUGUAGAUGAAUAAUUGUGAUUUUCUCUCUAUAAGAGGAAUAGCAGUAAGUGUGGUCUCUUUUGCAACCAUUAUUUGGUCUCUUCAAGCAACAUGCUCUCUCUCAAAUGAGGAAUAGAGGGUAUUGUUUGACAAGACCAAACAACAGCUGCAAAGGAGACAACUGUAUGUGUGGCACCAAUAUAUUUUACUUUUGCUUACAAGUAUUUGGACAAUAGAGAAAAUAGACCACAAAAUACCUGUGUGAGUUCAGAUAAAUCAGGGUUUUUAUUUUCUUUCUCUUAGGGUUCUCAAACAUCUCUCCCCAGUAAACUGUUAUCUUUCUCUCUAAGAUGUCUUGCUCAAUAUUUUCCUCUCUAUAGAAUUGUACUUGUCUUUCCUUAAUUUGUUAAAAAAACUUAAUCAAAGAGUAAUUGGCAAGAUUUUUAUUGGAGGGACUAUGAAAAUUUUACUAGUUUUUGUAUCUUGGGUGUUUUAAAAAUAGUUUGAGGUAUGUUUAUGGUUUAAAAUGUUUGUCCUCUUGUAAAUCUGAUUUUAGAUGCUUUAUCCUCUGAAUUCCACUCCACAAGUUCAACCAGUGAAAGUCCACAAAAAAAAGAACAAUGGGAAAAAAGUGAACAGAAGACAAAGAUUAUGGAGACAGUGAAAUUGGAAGGUGAAAAGGAAAUUAAAAAAACUUGUAUUAAUUUAUCAUGGAAAGUUUUCGUAAACAGUGAUAACAUUUAUAUGAUAAAUGUUGGAAGAAUUAUCUCAGUGCAUUAACACUUUUGCUGGCAGGUUCCUGGGGACUCCUUGUUUUAUCUAUGCCGUAAGUCGACAAAUCAGGCCACAGCUCAUCACAUUUUAGUUUAACCCCAAUAAACUAUAUAUCAUUUUAAUAAGCAGAAAAUUUACAAUCAUUUCAAGACUAUUUUGUUACAUAUGGGUCCUUGUGCACAGAAUUUGGGGCAAGAAAAGCCAAGCAUAACAAAAUGUUCAAAGUGUUACUUGUUUUUCCUGCCCUUCUAAGACAAGACAAUUACAUACUUGUGAGCAUUACUUGAUAUCAUGCAAAAGCCAUAUUUAAAAGGAUAGUAUUGCAUGUGUGAUUUUUUUUUUGGCAAAAAACAGGUCACAUUUGGAUGAAAACAGUGAGAAAUACGGCUACGAAUUAAGAAAUGUGACUUGACAAACCAUUAUAAUCUUUAUGAAAUCGAAACAAUUCAUUGUAAACAACCUGCAUUUUAUCAUGUAUUUCACUCACAGAGGGCACAGUCCAGAUAGGCAACAACCAAUCAAGGAGCCCUCUUUGCAUUAUUAUCCUUUUCUCUUGUUUAAUGUUUCUUCAGUAAAUCAAGAUUGCAAUAUAUAUUUGGUUAGGGUUUAUUGGAGAUACAAUAGAGCUUCAGUGUGCCUUUUGUAGUAAAAAUUAGGUGAAAUUCUAUUUUUGGGACAACUAAUUGUAGAUGAAUAAUUGUGAUUUUCUCUCUAUAAGAAAAACAGCAGUAAGCGUGGUCUCUUUUGCAACCAUUAUUUGGUCUCUUCAAGCAACAUGCUCUCUCUCAAAUGAGGAAUAGAUGGUAUUGUGUGACAAGACCAAACAACAGCUGCAAAGGAGACAACAGUAUGUGUGGCACCGAUAUAUUUUACUUUUGCUUACAAGUAUUUGGACAAUAGAGAAAAUAGACCACAAAAUACCUGUGUGAGUUCAGAUAAAUCAGGGUUUUUAUUUUCUUUCUCUUAGGGUUCUCAAACAUCUCUCCCCAGUAAACUGUUAUCUUUCUCUCUAAGAUGUCUUGCUUGAUAUUUUCCUCUCUAUAGAAUUGUACUUGUCUUUCCUUAAUUUGUUAAAAAAACUUAAUCAAAGAGUAAUUGGCAAGAUUUUUAUUGGAAGGAAUAUGAAAAUUUUGCUAGUUUUUGUAUCUUGGGUGUUUUAAAAAUAGUUUGAGGUAUGUUUAUGGUUUAAAAUGUUUGUCCUCUUGUAAAUCUGAUUUUAGAUGCUUUAUCCUCUGAAUUCCACUCCACAAGUUCAACCAGUGAAAGUCCACAAAAAAAAGAACAAUGGGAAAAAAGUGAACAGAUAGCAAAGAUGAUGGAGAAAGUGAAAUUGGAAGGUGAAAAGGAAAUUAAAAAAACUUGUAUUAAUUUAUUAUGGAAAGUUUUCGUAAACAGUAAUAACAUUUAUAUGAUAAAUGUUGGAAGAAUUAUCUCAGUGCAUUAACACUUUUGCUGGCAGGUUCCUGGGGACUCCUUGUUUUUCUAUGCCGUAAGUCGACAAAUCAGGCCACAGCUCAUCACAUUUUAGUUUAACCCCAAUAAACUAUAUAUCAUUUUAAUAAGCAGAAAAUUUACAAUCAUUUCAAGACUAUUUUGUUACAUAUGGGUCCUUGUGCACAGAAUUUGGGGCAAGAAAAGCCAAGCAUAACAAAAUGUUCAAAGUGUUACUUGUUUUUCCUGCCCUUCUAAGACAAGACAAUUACAUACUUGUGAGCAUUACUUGAUAUCAUGCAAAAACCAUAUUUAAAAGGAUAGUAUUGCAUGUGUGAUAUUUUUUUUUGGCAAAAAACAGGUCACAUUUGGAUGAAAACAGUGAGAAAUACGACUACGAAUUAAGAAAUGUGACUUGACAAACCAUAAUAAUCUUUAUGAAAUCAAAACAAUUCAAUGUAAACAACCUGCAUUUUAUCAUGUAUUUCACUCACAGAGGGCACAGUCCAGAUAGGCAACAACCAAUCAAGGAGCCCUCUUUGCAUUAUUAUCCUUUUCUCUUGUUAAUGUUUCUUCAGUAAACCAAGAUUGCAAUACAUAUUUGGUUAGGGUUUAUUGGAGAUACAAUAGAGCUUCAGUGUGCCUUUUGUAGUAAAAAUUAGGUAAAAAUUCUAUUUUUGGGACAACUAAUUCUAGAUGAAUAAUUGUGAUUUUCUCUCUAUAAGAGGAAUAGCAGUAAGUGUGGUCUCUUUUGCAACCAUUAUUUGGUCUCUUCAAGCAACAUGCUCUCUCUCAAAUGAGGAAUAGAGGGUAUUGUUUGACAAGACCAAACAACAGCUGCAAAGGAGACAACUGUAUGUGUGGCACAGAUUUAUUUUACUUUUGCUUACAAGUAUUUGGACAAUAGAGAAAAUAGACCACAAAAUACCUGUGUGAGUUCAGAUAAAUCAGGGUUUUUAUUUUCUUUCUCUUAGGGUUCUCAAACAUCUCUCCCUAGUAAACUGUUAUCUUUCUCUCUAAGAUGUCUUGCUAGAUAUUUUCUUCUCUAUAGAAUUGUACUUGUCUUUCCUUAAUUUGUUAAAAAAACUUAAUCAAAGAGUAAUUGGCAAGAUUUUUAUUGGAGGGACUAUGAAAAUUUUACUAGUUUUUGUAUCUUGGGUGUUUUAAAAAUAGUUUGAGGUAUGUUUAUGGUUUAAAAUGUUUGUCCUCUUGUAAAUCUGAUUUUAGAUGCUUUAUCCUCUGAAUUCCACUCCACAAGUUCAGCCAGUGAAAGUCCACAAAAAAAAGAACAAUGGGAAAAAAGUGAACAGAAGACAAAGAUUAUGGAGACAGUGAAAUUGGAAGGUGAAAAGGAAAUUAAAAAAACUUGUAUUAAUUUAUUAUGGAAAGUUUUUGUAAACAGUAAUAACAUUUAUAUGAUAAAUGUUGGAAGAAUUAUCUCAGUGCAUUAACACUUUUGCUGGCAGGUUCCUGGGGACUCCUUGUUUUAUCUAUGCCGUAAGUCGACAAAUCAGGCCACAGCUCAUCACAUUUUAGUUUAACCCCAAUAAACUAUCUAUCAUUUUAAUAAGCAGAAAAUUUACAAUCAUUUCAAGACUAUUUUGUUACAUAUGGGUCCUUGUGCACAGAAUUUGGGGCAAGAAAAGCCAAGCAUAACAAAAUGUUCAAAGUGUUACUUGUUUUUCCUGCCCUUCUAAGACAAGACAAUUACAUACUUGUGAGCAUUACUUGAUAUCAUGCAAAAGCCAUAUUUAAAAGGAUAGUAUUGCAUGUGUGAUUUUUUUUUUGGCAAAAAACAGGUCACAUUUGGAUGAAAACAGUGAGAAAUACGACUAUGAAUUAAGAAAUGUGACUUGACAAACCAUAAUAAUCUUUAUGAAAUCAAAACAACACUAUGUGGGGGUCCCCUGAGAUUUUUAAUAUGGAUAGGGUCAGAGCGUACAAAUUUGUAUGUUUGCCAGCGAAAGGGUUGAUGUGGCAUCAAGGAAUUAAUAUAAUUUUACAGAGUUCCUACUUAUGGGAACAAAACAUUUGAAGAGAGGCUGUGAAUGUAAAUCUCUCUCUGCAUUUUUACCUUUAGGUACUUUACCCUUUACUGCAGUACCCACCACUGGUCAUGGAAAAGAACUUAGAGGCAGCCUGCCUUAUAGGCAGAGAAGGAAAGGUGAACAGGAUGCUCAGUUUGAACUUAUUUUUGAAGUUAAUGUAAUUGAAACAUGUUCCUCAUUGUGUUUAGCUAUUAAGCCAAGGGGAAAGUUGAUUAAGUUGAUCUAAUCUUUCAACUGGCAUCAAACCAUGUUGAAAUGAAUGAAUAGAUGUGGGGCUUUCUACUUUCAGUUGUUUUUGCUGACUCACUGAAGUUUAGCAUGGGUUCCAGUUUGGUUUCAGUUCCCCCUGACAUGCUCCAAAAACAAUGUAACAAUAUACACUAUAUAAUUAUUUGAAUAUCAAAUAGAGGUUUUCAAUAGCUUUUCUAGAUCUAUCUUUAAAUACAAGUUGGUAUGCCUGUUUCUUACUAUUUAUCAGUAGAAAUACUAAUUUCUCUCUGUAUACCUUUGUUUUUAGGCAUGUUUCCUCUUCCUGAAACUUCCUCCUUUGAUCCUAAAGAAGAACCAGAAGAGCGAUGUAUGAAAGAAUGGAAGGUGAAUUAAAAGAUGCUGUUAAAUUAACUUUAAUGGUAGAACUAAACUAAGAAUGCUUCCAAAUACAUUAAGUUCUCAUUCAAAAUAUUUUUUUGAAUGGAAAUUGCACUCAAUUUAGUUUUCCCUCACUCUCUCCUUUGCUAUAAGGGAGGAUUAAGAUGGUAGAGGCUGGGUUGGUGAAACAGUUUUCACCAGUUUUCGCCAGUUUUUUCAAUGUUGAUCUUAAAUUAUGGCUCAAACAACCAACAAUGAUGUAGUUUAGAUAAGUUUUGUACAUGGUACACAGUCAGUUAAUUGCAUUUUGGUUUGACCUGUUAUCAUGUUGCUAACAUCAUGAAUGGCUCUUUAUACUUUUCCCUUAGGUACCUCUUCCUCCACUGUACUGUCCACUGCUGGUCACAAAAAAAAAACUGGUCAUCAGAAAUAGGAAACAUACAGCUCCUAGCCCAAGCAAUGUUAAUACUGUUGUGAAGAAAAAAAGUGAGGUCUCUGGAGAGUUAUCAGACCCAGUUCCUUGUCCAGGUAUAUUUUACACCAUUCCAUUGUAUCAAUUAGUCAACUAAUUAGUCCAUCCAUCCAACCAUGAUAACUCAUAUCUUUCUGUCAUCAAUUUGUUGAUCAAACAAGACAUGUAUGUCCAACAAUGAAAACAUCAAUGACAUGUUUCAUUUCCACCAAGUAAAAAAAAAUUGUUCCUGGUUGAAAUCCAAAAUCUUGCACCUUCAAAGGAAAAGAGUAUAAAACUUGGGUUGUGAUAUGGUUUUAUUUACAAAGAGGCUGGAAAUGAGAUCAUGCAGUGGUGUUGCUUUGUUGCUGUGGUGUGGUGAGCAAAUAGUUUGGGUGAGGAAAGCUUCAUAAAAGUAAUCUAUCAUUAACAGUUUUUCAGAGGAGUAGAGAAUUUAUUGCUGUAAUUUCACUCUACAGAACUCUAUUUGGUGGGUUGGGACCCUUGUGUCACCUAGGUGAGAGGGCACCCUCAGAGUUUUCAAUAAAUCACUUUAAGUGAUCUAAAAAGAUUAGCUGGCAUGCAUGCUGCCAGUGUUCAGAAUUAAAAGUUGAUUCUCUGGGUACGUCUCUUGUGGAUUUAAACUGCAAAAAAUCUAAAUCAAUUAGAUAAAGUUAGGCAUCAAAGUCUUGAAUUUCCAACCUUUGGACCUUUCUAACAAUACAUUCACACACAUUCUUGUUUCAUUAAUUGUUGUAUUUAUCAACAGCUGGUGUUCAACAUGGAGAUUCUAUUCAGGGCAUUGUUGAGAACACAGCUUGUUCUGAGCUCCUUGCUGGUGCUGAUAACUACACUCAAUCAAUUUCCUCGCCAGCUAUAGAAACUUCUGACAUUGAAAGAGGUGUGCCUGUUGAAACCAGAGGGUGGACUCACUUACAUUCUGCUGCAGUGGGUGGUAGUGAGGUUAUAAUUGAGACUUUGCUAUCUUCUGGGCUAGACAUAAAUUCAAGCACUAAUUAUGGUAUAACACCGUUAAUGGUGGCAGCCGCUAAUGGACACGAGAGGGCAGUAAACCUUCUUCUCAGCAAGGGAGCUGAUCCACACCUUAAAGACUUCAUGGGAAGAAAUCUGCUUCAUGCAGCAGCUUACGGUGGCAACACUUUCAUUGUGGAGAGCAUGCUCUCUUGUGACAUUGACAUUGAUUCAAAAGAUGAACGUUCAGCCACCUCAUUGAUAUUUGCUGUUAUAAACGACCAUGUUGAAGUUGUGAAAUAUCUUCUUCAACGGGGUGCAGAUAUAUCUUUGAAAUAUGGAUUUACCAAGAGGAAUGUUUUACACAUUGCAUCACAGUACGGAAGUGUUGCAGCAAUUGAGAUGUUGCUCUCCUAUGAAUUAAAACCUGAUUCAAGAGAUGGCGAGGGAAACACGCCAUUAGCCCUUGCUGCAGCUUAUGGACAGAAAAAGGCUGUAGAUUGUCUUCUUGAACAUGGAGCAGAUCCAUCACUGAAAGGGAAAAUUGGAUGGAGCCUUCUCCAUUUUGUUGCUGUGUCUGGCAAUGUCAUCAUUAUUGAGACCAUGCUUUCUAAAGGUCUUGAUAUUAAUGCCAGAGGUAAAACUAUGUGUAAUGAUGGUACAACACCAUUAAUGGUGGCAGCUGUUACAGGAAAAGAGAGGGCAGUAAACCUUCUUCUCAGCAAGGGAGCUGAUCCACACCUUAAAAACUUCAUGGGAAAAAAUCUGCUUCAUGCGGCAGCUGAAGGUGGCAACACUUCCAUUGUGGAGAGAGCUCUCUCUUUUGACAUUGACAUUGAUUCAAAAGAUGAAGGAUCAGCCACCCCAUUGAUAAUUGCUGUUAAGGGAAAUCAUGUUGAAGUUGUGAAGUAUCUUCUUCAACGGGGUGCAGAUAUAUCGUUGACAUAUGGACCUGACAAGGGGAAUGUUUUACACAUUGCAUCACAAGAAGGAAGUGUUGCAGUAAUAAUUGAGAUGUUACUCUCCUAUGAUCUCAGACCUGAUCCAAGAGAUGGCGAGGGAAACACACCAUUAGCCUAUGCUGCAGCUUUUGGACAGAUAGAGGCUGUAAAUUGUCUUCUUGAACAUGGAGCAGAUCCAUUCCUGAAAGGGCAAAAUGGAUGGAGCCUUCUCCAUUUUGCUGCUCAGUCUGGCAAUGUAGUUAUUAUUGAGACCAUGCUUUCUAAAGGUCUUGAUAUUGAUUCCAGAGCUCAAAGUCUGGGUAUAACCCCUGCAAUGGUUUCAAUUAGAUUUGGCAAAUUGGAGGCAUUAAAAUAUCUGCUUGAGAAGGGUGCUGAUGGAAGUUUGAAAACCUCAGAGGGACAAUUCUCUCAUUUGUCCUUGGCAGUAAAAGCUGGUUCUGUUGCAGCCAUUGAGUUGCUGCUCUCACAUGGUUGUAGCAUUGAUGAUAGAGAUAAUCAGGGAGAGACACCAUUGAUGCACGCUGCAGUUGCUGGAAAUACAGAGGUUUUAAAAUAUCUUCUUGCUCAAGGUGCUGAUCCAUUACUUCGUAAUAAUCUAGAAUUUGGUCUGCUCCAUUUAGCAGCUCUUUCUAGCAAUUUUCUCACUAUUGAGGCUGUGCUCUCUGAAAAUUUUGACAUAAAUGCUAGAUGUACUGACCUUGGUUUAACACCACUGUUGGCUUGCUUGGUGAGUGGCAAAUUGAAGGCUGCAAACUAUCUGCUUGAAAGGGGUGCUGAUGAACAUUUGAAAAGUGAGAGGGGGUGGACUGUUCUUACUGCUGCAGCAAUGAGUGGCGAUGUUGCAGCCAUUGAGAUGCUGCUUAAGCGUGGUCACAACCCUAAUUCCAGGGAUGGUUGUGAUAAGACACCCUUAAUGUGGGCUGCAGAGAAUGGAAAUAAAGCAGCCGUAGAAUAUCUUCUUCCUCUCACACACUAGAGUCUACUGCUAAAGGCCACAGAGGCCCAUACUUUUAAGAAUACUUGCACAGGUGCAGUUAGAUGUAAUAAAUAUUAGUUUUCAUAUGAAGAGGAGGAAUUCCAAGUUUUUGUUACAUUUAUGAUGGAUUGGAUGAUUAUUGUUUUUAAUUGUAAUUACUCAAAGUUUUCAUUUAUCUUGGUGCUAAUCAGGGGCGACCAUCCCCAACACAGCAGGUUAAAAGGUGGUGGAUAGUGAAAGGUCUUUAGUGAAGGUUAGCUCCGAAUAAGCUGGCUUCCUUGUGAAUAAGGAGUUGCAGACCAAACUGGCAGUGUACUUACCAGGAUGGGGUGAGGCUGCAGAUGGCACUGCUUCCUCUAUAAAAUGCUCCAUAAAUCCAAUGACGAGUACAUCAGGCGGGUAAGGGCCGCCUUAAAAGCCCUAGCCUGGGUAGGUGGAGCUCGUUAGCCUGGGAGGGUACCAGUAAUCCACCUAAGAUAAGGACACCUUCAUCCAAACCUAUCUAACGCCAGGUGUAAUGGACAGUUCAGUCAUGCAAUUACGCUGGGUCCAAGGACAUGACAGAGAGUCCUUUACCUGUGCUUUAGGUAUGGGUAAAUAGUCAUUGUUCUUUUGACAGCAAGCUCUUUAGCCAGAAGAUAGGAGAUGCCACCUCUCACUUUACAUGUACAGAGGGUAGAGAGGGAAUAAAGACCUGCAGUGAUGGAGCAUGGCAAAAAUGACAGAUGCUAGACGGCACUGAAGUUGCAGUCAUAACUCUGCAUGUAGGUGGUCUGAAGUAACAUGGUCACUUGCCUGCCAGCAGAGAUAAUAACAUCAUUUGGCUCACCCCAAGCAACCAAGCAGCCUUUUCUAGGGAUGCACUGCUUGCCCUGAAUAGAGAGGGGUCUAGAAAAAGUGACCUUAAAAAAGCUUGUCUCACCCUUACCCAGUUGGUUGGCCAUGAUCACGGGCAUCCCUAGUUUAGCAGUAAAAACAAGUGGAAGAUUCAGUAUAAAUUAAAAGACAGACAUGGAAACAGAAAAAGACUAUGAAUAUGAAGAUAUUUUUUGGUUUUGACAAUUUGGUGUUCAAUCAAGGCAAUAUCUUGCACCUGAUUAGUUUGAGUAUUCUCACUACCUGUUUCCUGGAUAAUGUAUGGAUAUUAGAGGGAGAAGUUACAUGUUAAUCACUUCUGGGAGUUAAAGGCUUAUAAACACAUAGGUUUCAUAUACUUCUUGGUAUCAUGUACAAACUUCAGCUUAUUCUUUCAUCAAAACAUUUAAGAUAUUCAAUGACUUUUACAAAUCAAAGUUACUUACCUGUAAGUAAAUGGAAAUUACUUUCAGUCUUUGUUGGUUGGAUUGAUAAUUAUCUUGUAGAAAUCAGUGAGACAAGCUAAAUUUACUUGUUUUUAAUCUAACUUUAAAAUCAAGAGCUGUUUAAUAGAUUGGUAAAACUAGCUAUUUGCUAAGAAAGAUUUUUCACAGUAAUCUAGUUUUAACUUUUAGUCACAAGACGUUAAACAGUGAAACUUAUUGAUUUCAAUUUAACAUCAAUGCUUAGGGUUAAAAAUACUAUUGUAUGCCAUCUUGAGUACUUUCAUGAAAAAGUGGUAGAAAUUUGCAAUAUAAAUGAAGGGAGUGACUUAAUAAAUGAAGAAAAACAGCAACUUUUGCCAAAUUUACACUUGUUGUUCCUGGGAGAUUGUAGCCAUGCAAGCCCACUCUCAUCACUGAUUAAAUCUAGCAGUGUCUCACAAAUCCAUUCACAGACGAUAAAGAUCCAGUUUCAGACUAGAUUUUAAAUAACGCAGUGUGAAUUUCAAAUAGUUUCAAAAAAAGAAGACUUGGCAAAGUCAUUAGUGACUUGUGACCUAGCUACUAGACUAUUACAGGCUAUUAAGUAAAUGCAGAUUACUUUCAAUUUUUGUCAGAUAGAUUGAUAAUUGUCUUGUUUAGAUCAGUGUGACAAGCUUUAUGUACUUGUUUUUUACCUAAUUUAACUUAAAAUCAAGAUCUGUUUGAUUUCCUCUCCUCCCUAGAUUGGUAAAAUUAGCUAUUUGCUGAGUAAGAUUUUUUCACAGAGAUCUAAUUUUAACUUUUUGUUGUAGGAUGCAAAACAGUGAGAACUAUUAAUUUCAAUUUAGCAUCAAUGCUUAGGGUUAAAAAUACUACUGUAUGCCAUCUUGAGUGUUUUCAUGAAACAGUGGUAGAAAUUUU